CCCACUCCUGCCUGAAACCCUGUCCCACGUCCCUACCCCCUCUCCCAUCUUUCUCCUUCCUCACGGCUCCUUCUAGAAUCCAUGGAGGCAGCAUUUAGGUCAAAUCCAGGUAGAAAGAAGCGAUGAAGAGUCCAAUCCCUCUCCUCAUCUUUCUCUCCUCCAUCUUUCUCCUCACUCUUCUCAUCCUCCUCUCCAGAAGCAAACCCUGCUCUCUUUCUUUUUCCUCUUCUCUCGAUAACCCUAGCUUCCAUAUCCACCCUCGCCUCAAAAUCUAUGUCGCCGACCUUCCCAGAUCCUUCAAUUAUGGCCUUCUCGAUCAAUACUGGUCCCUCUCCGCCCCAGACUCCCGGAUCAACUCCGAUCCUGACGCAGAACUCCGGUCGGCCAUUGCGGCCUCUGGCCGCCGUGGCCUACUGCCGUAUCCGGAGAACCCGCUGAUCAAGCAGUACAACGCGGAGUACUGGCUACUCGGCGAUCUCGAAACGCCGGUGAGAUUGAGGGCGGUUUCAUCGGUGGUCGAGCGGGUGUAUGAUUGGAGAAAUGCAGAUGUAGUAUUCGUGCCUUUCUUCGCAACUCUGAGCGCGGAGAUGGAGCUGGGGUGGGGGAGAAAGGGGGGAUUUCUGAAAAAGGAGGGGAAUGGGGAUUAUAGCAGGCAGAGGGAUGUUGUCGAUCGAAUUAAGAGGUCCGAUGCGUGGAAGAGAUCGGGCGGACGGGAUCAUGUGUUUGUUCUUACAGACCCGGUUGCAAUGUGGCAUGUUAGAGCAGAGAUUGCUCCAGCUAUGCUUCUAGUGGUUGAUUUUGGUGGCUGGUACAAGCUCGAUGCCAAGGAAUCUGCCAAGGAAUCGCAGGGUAACACUUCGCAUAUGAUUCAGCACACACAAGUUUCAUUGAUCAAAGAUGUAAUUGUGCCUUAUACCCAUCUCCUCCCCAGAUUGCAGUUACUAGAAGAUCGGCCUCGUACCAUACUUCUAUAUUUCAAAGGAGCCAAACACAGGCACCGGGGUGGAUUGAUUCGAGAGAAACUAUGGGAUGUUCUCCUCAACGAGCAUGAUGUAGUAAUGGAGGAAGGUUUUCCAAAUGCCACUGGCCGCGAACAGUCCAUUAAAGGAAUGCGAAGCUCCGACUUUUGUUUACAUCCCGCUGGCGACACACCGACCUCAUGUCGCCUUUUCGAUGCUGUAUUAAGCCUUUGCAUACCCGUCAUCGUCAGCGACUACAUCGAGCUCCCCUUUGAAGGAAUGGUUGAUUAUUCCGAAUUUGCAGUUUUCGUCUCAGUAAAUGAUGCCGUGCAGCCUGGUUGGCUCGUCUCUUAUUUAAGGAGCUUUUCUGAAGAUCAAAAGAAUGGUUUUCGAAGAAAAAUGAUGAGUGUUCAACACAUGUUUGAGUAUGAUAAUGGUAGUCCCGGUGGCGUUGGACCUGUUGCCUUGGAUGGUGCUGUUAACAAUAUAUGGAGGAAGGUGCAGCAGAAGUUGCCUUUGAUUAAAGAGGCAAUUGUGCGUGAAAAGAGGAAACCUGGAGCAACCUGAAAACUUUCAACCAGAUUGUGCGCAAAUCUUCCCAGCCCCUCUAAGGAGGCUCCAUCACUGCCUUGGCUUUCAUGUUAACUACAUAGCAGCCAAUUGUUAAGUUCUCAAGGAGAUAGCAAAGCACCUACACGAAUGGGGAUUCCAGCUACCUUCGGCUCAUAACUUGGAAGAGAUGCGCAACGUUCUCAAAGGGCUCCUGAAAUCUAACUGGUGAAAUUUUGCAAUAAUUUAUGUAGUUUUAGUUAUAUAUACAAUACUUAUAAGGGGUAUCUGCUUACACACCACACAAUUAUCAUAUUUACACAUAUAACACCUAAACUAUCACAUUUACGUACAUGCCACUCAAACCUUAGAUACUUUGUAAAAAAAUAACUAAGGGUCUGC